GCCCAGUAGCGACAGGUGCGCUGGGCAGACGGAGCGCAGGACCGAGGCAGCGCCGAGCCCCGACGGCUUUCCAGUCAGCCUACAGGUGUCUCAGCCUCUGUAGACAAGAUGGAAUCGACUCCGUUUAACAGACGACAGUGGACCUCCCUAUCACUGAGAGUGACAGCCAGAGAACUCUCUCUUGUCAACAAGAACAAGUCAUCAGCAAUUGUGGAAAUAUUCUCCAAGUACCAGAAAGCAGCUGAAGAAGCAAACAUGGAGAAGAAGAAAAACAACACUGAAAGUCUCCCCCAGCACUUUAGAAGAGGGACCCUGUCUGUCUUAAAGAAGAAGUGGGAGAACCCAGUGGCUGGGGCAGAAUCUCACACAGACUCGCUGCUGAACAGCAGCCCUGAGGGUGAGCACACAGCAGACCACCCUCCUGCUGAAGUGACGGACAAGGCUGCUCCUGGAGCUAGAGCUGACCGGGAAGAACAGACCCAGCCCAAACCUAGAUUUGGAUCUCGUCCGGAAGCUGUUAUUCAGUGUCGGUAUCCCCGCUCGGAGGACAGCCACGAUUUUAAAGCCCAGGCCACAGAGAGCCAAAAAAUGGAAAACUGUCUGGGAGAUUCCAAGCAUGAAGCAGAGAAGCCCGAAAUGAACGAAAACACAGAAACUUCAGGCAAAAUAGAGAAAUACAACGUUCCACUGAACAGACUAAAGAUGAUGUUUGAGAAAGGUGAACACAGCCAAAACAAGAGUCUCUGGACCCAAAGCCGAAAUGCAGGCGGAAGGAGGCUCUCUGAAAACAGCUGUUCCCUGGACGACUUGGAAAUAGGUGCUGGUCAUUUGUCUUCCUCCGCGUUCAACUCGGAGAAAAAUGAGAGUAAGCGGAACCUGGAGCUGCCACGCCUCUCUGAAACCUCCAUAAAGGACCGCAUGGCCAAGUACCAGGCGGCCGUGUCCAAGCAGAGCAGCCCAGCCAGCUACACAAGUGAGCUGAAAACCAGCGAAAAUAAAAUUCAUAAAUGGGAACAGAAGGAGAAUGUGCCCCCAGGUCCCGAGGCCUGCAGCAUCCAUCAGGAAGAGAGCAAGGUUUCUGCAACCGAGAAUAGCCUUGUGGCCCACUCUGUUCCUGCUGAAGAUGACACCUGUAACUCCCAGGUGAAGAGUGAGGCCCAGCAGCCUGUACACCCUAAGCCGCUGAGUCCUGAUGCCAGAACCUCCAGUCUUCCGGAAAAUUCUCCUUCCAAAACAGUGAAGAAAUUUCAGGCGCCUGCAAAGGAGAGCUGCGUGGAGUGUCAGAAGACGGUGUACCCCAUGGAACGUCUGCUGGCCAACCAGCAGGUGUUUCACAUCAGCUGUUUCCGAUGUUCCUACUGCAACAGCAAGCUUAGUCUAGGAACAUACGCAUCCUUACAUGGAAGAAUCUAUUGUAAGCCUCACUUCAAUCAACUCUUCAAGUCCAAAGGCAACUAUGACGAAGGCUUUGGGCACAAGCCGCAUAAGGAUCUGUGGGCAAGCAAAAGUGAAAAUGAAGAGACUUUGGGGAGACCAGCCCAGCCUCCAAAUGCAGGGGAGACCCCCCAUAGCCCAGGUGUGGAAGAUGCCCCCAUCGCUAAGGUCGGCGUGCUGGCUGCAAGUAUGGAAGCCAAGGCUUCCUCUCAGAGGGAGAGAGAGGACAAGCCUGCUGAGACCAAGAAGCUGAGGAUCGCCUGGCCUCCCCCAGCUGAGCUGGGCAGUUCAGGAAGUGGCCUGGAGGAAGGUUUCAAAGUAUCGAAGCCCAAGUGGCCUCCAGAGGAUGAAGUCUGCAAGACCGAGGCUCCCGAGGAUGUAGAUCUGGACCUGAAGAAGCUAAGGCGGUCUUCUUCGCUGAAGGAGAGGAGCCGUCCGUUCACUGUCGCAGCUUCCUUUCGAACCUCUUCCGUCAAGAGCCCCAAGACCUUGUCGCCAUCUCUCAGGAAAGGUUGGAGCGAGUCCGAGCAGAGUGAGGACUUUGGAGGAGGAAUAGUGACGGAAAGGAAACAAACAGAUAGUGCCAGGCCCUCUGGGGAGAAAGAGAAUGUGGGGAAAUCUCGCCGGCAGAGCGAGGACGCAGCGGCGGAGGAGGCGCCGAGGAGCAAGGACCGGCGUUCUUUCGAGCUGGAGAGUGAGAAUUUUAUAGAAAACGGCGCAGACAUAGCUGAAGAUGACAGCCGGGUCCUCGCACAGCAGUCUCCAUUAGAACCCGAGUCUCCGGCUUGGUCUGGGUUUGUAGACACCGCGGCUACUAAAGAAUUCACUACCCAGAAUCAGAAAUCCCAAGAUGUCGGGUUCUGGGAGGGGGAGGUGGUCCGAGAGCUGUCUGUGGAGGAACAGAUAAAGAGAAACCGGUACUAUGACGAGGACGAGGAUGAGGAAUGACCGGCCGCAUGGUGCCAGCCUUAGACUCCUGUCUUAGGAGUCUAAGCAACUCACUGCCCUUUAUCCAGUGGUGCCCAAAAACAGACAGCUUGGCGCCAAGGGUCGUUUAUGUGGGAGCAGCUUUGGAAAUGAAUUCCCGCUAGCAAAACAGAACAAACAACAAACAAACCCCAAACCAAUUCUAAGUGCAUUGUUGAAACACCAUCUUAAGCCUGGUGUAGUAGUACACACUUUUAAUCCCAGCACUCGGGAGGCAGAGGCAGGCGGGUCUCUCUUGAGUUUGAGGCCAGCCUGGUCUACAGAGCUAGUUCCAGGACAGCCAGGACUUCAAAGAGAAACCUUGCCUCAAAAACAAGACAAACACAAAAGAAACUCUCCAUUUUAGCAGGGGAGGGCUAAGCAGGGAUUUCUCUCACUGAUGCAGCCCAUUGUCCACUGCAUUCCCCCAAAUCAAUAUUACAGUGGCUAGAUAUUUAGAGGCACAUUUUCACACUACAAAGACUGUUGUGGAAUUAGAGGCGUCCAGGAGCCCACCUCAUGACCAGAGACACUUUAGUAUAAAGGGCACAGUGUAGCCAUUUUACCAAUUUCAUUUUUUAGUACUCAACUGCUGAAAUCCAAUAUUUAGUCUUUCAAGCUUUUUAAAUGCAUUUUCUUCCUCUGGUAGAUAUGGGAAGCUUACUGUCUUUCAUCCUACUUUCGGCAUUUUAAAUCACUGAGGCAGGAAACGGCAACCUUUGGCCAAGUGAGAUGGCUCGCCGGGGGAAAGGUGCUUGUUACAAAAGUCCAAGCACCCGAGUUCAAUCCCCAGCACCUACGUAAAGGUGAGAGAGCAGCCUGCACAAAGUUAUCCUCUGACAAAUGUCCCCUGUGUCACACAUGCCUAUCAUCAAUAAUAAUAAACAAGUUAAAAAAAAUACAGCCGACCUUACAAACACCUUUGAGACAGAGCCAACCUGUAUACUUCUGUGUCUGGAGAGACCGACAUUGUACCCACAUAAUCAGUGGUGUGUGCCAGUGUGUCUACCUGCACUCUGGGUAUUCGCCAUCUAUUCUGGUGGCUUCUCACACUUUACUGAAAGCUGCAGUGUUUCUAUAAGACCUUUUGGGUCACGGUUCACCACACUCCAAGUAAAACAGAACCUGAGAUCAGAUCUCCAAAGUCUCAGGGUUGAGGCAGAUCUUGUUAAUACUCGGAGGCUCUGAAAUGUGGUGAUUCUUAAGCCAGGUAAUACUUCCAGGGUUGCAUUAAAUCAGUCUUAGGUCUGUCUUCUUAGGCCGUGUCCUACUUUGAUUCAUUGCUAUGAUAAAACACUGGGCAGAAUCUCCUUAGAGGAGGAGGGUUUGUUUCCACUCACAGGCCACAGGCUAUGGGCCAUGGGCCACAGUCAAGGGAGCCUAGGCCAGAACCUGGAGGCAAGAACUGAUGCAGACCGUGUAGGAACACCGCUCGACGGACUCAGCUGGCUUUCUUAUACCACUUGGCCAGGGGUGGCGCUGCUCACAACAGAAGCACACAAGGCCCACAGGCUCACCUGUUAGAGGCAGUUCUCAGCUGAGAGUCCCACAGCCAGGUGAUUGUCAGGCUGGUAAACACUGAGGAGCACAGGCGGUUUUCUCCGGUAUUAAGGCUUUAGAACAUUAUAAAUGAGUGCAUUUCUUGUAUGUAACUGAUAGCCCAAAUUAUGUGUAUGGGGGGAGGGUGUUUUAAGGUAGAGGCCUUUUUGCAUUUGUAGAGAUUUAGCUCUGUUUUAGAGAUGUAAAAUAAUCUGUUUCCUUAUGGCCUUGUUUAUCCUAAAACAUUUUUAUUCAAUAAAGCUUUUAAUUUACAUUCCAA